AUUCAUAUAUUGAUUUUUCUGUAAAACCUAUAGAUAAAUAAGAUAAUUAUGGGUAAUUAUAAAUUAACCCAAAUAAGGAGUCGCGAAUGGGUAUAUGUAUAUAUAUAUUUUAUAUAUAUACUGUAGAAUAUAAAAAUUUUUCUUUUAAAAUAUAUGCUAUUUUUUUCUAAAAAAAAAAAAAAUAAUAAUAAUAAACAAUGUCCUCUUCUACCGAACAAGUUAAAGGAUUUGAUACGGAAGAACUCAUUAAUUUUUUAAAAGGACGAAAUUUACAUCUUAAUGAAACUCAUUAUAAUUCCCUUCGCCAUAAGGAGAUCGCCGGGUCAGACUUCCUUAAUUACACUCGGGAAGAACUUAAAGGUCUCGGAUUGGCAAUAGGACCAACAAAAAGAAUCGAACAGUUGAUUAAUGAAUUGAAUACUCAAAGUAACGAUGUGUUAAAAAAAGAAGUUGAAGGGUUGGAUACGGAAGGACUCAUCAAUUUUUUAAAAGAACGACAAAAUUUACACCUUAAUGAAACACAUUAUAAUAUCUUCCGUCAUAAAGAGAUCACUGGGUCAGACUUCCUUAAUUAUACUAAAGAAGAAUUUGAAGGCUUUGGAUUAGCAUCAGGGCCAGCAAAAAGAAUCGAACAGUUAGUUAAUGAGUUGAAUAAUCAAAUAAUUUUCAAUUUGUGGACAACUGCUGUAAGCAAAAAUUUUUUAAUAAGGGUAAUCUUUGAUUCUUGAUUCGCUGAUCACAGGCUAUGAUAAUGAAAAAAUUAUGUUGAAGCAUGGUUACGGUUGUGUUCGUGGAAAUAAGGUGCCCAAAAAUAGCAUUGGCGAAUCAUGAAUUGUUUAGUGAGUACUUAAUAUUAAUCAAGUUGAUAACAA